AUGUCAAGCCACAAAUACACGUUGAAUGUCCAGAUGGGCUGUGGUGGCUGCUCCAGCGCCAUUAAGGAAGCCAUGGAAGCGCUGAACGGUGUGCAGAGCCACUCCAUUUCCCUGGAAGAGCAGACUGUCUCCGUGAUGGCUGAACCUUCUCUCUCAUAUGAAACCGUGUUGGAGGCCAUCAAGGCGAAGGGCAAGAAUGUCCGCAGCGGGGAGGCGGACGGAGUUGCUCAGCCUGUUUGA